UUCUCUUUAAGACUUUAACUGCCAUCCAUCCAUCGUUCAGUUCCAGGGGCACCACCAAAGGCCAAAAUACAAAGCACACGAAUAUCCUCUUUGAUCCUCUUUCUCUGUUUUUUCAUUUCAUUAUUCUAAUUUAUACACACCUCCCUUACCCCACUCUUCUCUCUCUCUCUCUCUCUCUCUCAUCUUAAGUUGAAACUUUGAUAUGCAAGUGGCGGCAGAACUCCAGCGCACCCAAUACCACCAAGACACCCAGAUGUGCCGCAAAAUCCAACUCACCAUCUCCGAUCACGCCGCAGACGACGGCGAGGACCCCUUCAUUCCGCCCCUCAACUUCGCCAUGGUUGAUAAUGGCAUUUUCCGCUCCGGCUUCCCCGAGCCUGCCAACUUCUCCUUCCUCAAAACCCUCCGCCUCCGCUCCAUCAUAUACUUGUGUCCCGAGCCCUAUCCGGAAGCCAACAUGGAGUUCCUCAAGGCAAAUGGGAUCAAGCUUUUUCACUUUGGGAUUGAGGGUCAUAAGGAGCCUUUUGUGAACAUCCCAGAGGACACAAUCCGUGAAGCACUAAAAGUUGUCCUUGAUGUCAGGAACCACCCAGUUAUAAUUCACUGUAAGCGGGGAAAGCACCGAACGGGUUGUUUAGUAGGAUGCUAUAGAAAAUUGCAAAAAUGGUGUUUGUCAUCUGUCUUUGAUGAGUAUCAGCGCUUUGCAGCUGCGAAAGCAAGAGUCUCAGAUCAGAGGUUUGUAGAGUUGUUUGAUAUUUCGAGCCUAAAACAUUUGCCAAUACCAUUUUCAUGUUUGAAGAGGUAACAGACCAAGUUAUGCUGAAUGGGUUUACUUUCUUUAGUUUGUGAAAGCAAACCCCAGGUUGUUCCUUUGAAUAAAUAGGAAAAGGUGACGAACUCCUUCAAUGCAUUGCAUUUGCAGCGGCAAAGGAAUACUUGCUCUUCCCCCAUUUUUAAAAUAAGAAAAUUAUAGGAAUAAUAGAGCAUUGUAUGUGUUAUAAUAAUGCCCUAUUUUCCUUCUAUCCCUACUUAGCCCUUACCCUUAGUGUACCUCACCUUUUGUCUUAUGUUUUCUUUGCUGCUCCCCAUUCAUCAACAACGAGUGUAGAUAUAGCUUGAUUUUUUCUCGAGGCUCAGAGAAAUUCAAGAAGGCUAUAAAAAGCCUUGUUUGUCUGCCCAAAUUCUUGGUGGGUAGUAAUGCAGAGAAACUUAUAAAUUCUAUUUGCUACAUUCAUAUUGCUUGCUUUA